AGCGCUCCUCUCCUCUCCACGCACGUGCAUGUUAUUGCGCCUAAAGCGCGCUUUUAAAAUAAUCACACAUAUAUCCGAAAGUGCAUGAAGAAUACUAUGUUUUCAUUAACGCCAUAGUGCGCGUUUUUAAUGCGAACUGUUGUACUUGCGUUCGCAGUGUGUUAUUGAUGAGUGAUUGGUGAGAUAUAAGGAUGUCGCUGUACGCGUCUCAGAUCAAAGCGUUUAAGAGCGCGGAGCCCAAAACGCUUGGCGCUAUUCAGAUCAUAAUUGGAGUUUUGACUGUGAUUAUGAGCACAAUUGUGUAUAAGCUUCAUUAUCACAUACAGCGUGAAAUCAUCAUCCUCAUCGUCAAUGGUGCUCAGCUCGUCAUAACUGGAAUUGUUCUGGUGCAUACUGGGAGGAAGCCAUCGAAAUGUAUGGUGCUGACAUCCAUUGUUCUGCAGUUACUAACAGCAGCAUUUGAUAUUGUUGGAUUUGGGCUCAUGGCCAGACACAUCCCAUUCAGAGGAGAGUCGUACUACUACAGGGACACAGAGUGGUGUUGUGACCCACUUCACUCUGUUUGGGGUUGCUGUGGAGAAGGAGAGACAGGUGGACACAAAGAGUUCCUAGUGAAUGGAAUCCUGGGGACACUGAUCGCUUUCCUUGUGUUAGCAUGUAUCAUCGGUUUGGUCGUUUCUCUCUUUGGAGUCUACGCUCUGUCUGUUAGUGCUAUAAAGGAGCUGACCCCCAUCCCACAUGCUACAGAAAAACAGCAUUAUGGUGCUGGCCUUCAGGCCCAGAAUUCAAUUCAUGCUGGAAACUGACAAAAUAAGAGACGUUCAGAACAGAAGGGCACAGUUUUAGCACAGUUUUACACCAUCUGACUGAAAAAAAGAGGACUGUUUCACCCACAAACCACUCACAGGUAAACUACAAAAAAAAACUUUUGUGAUGUUGUAAAUAAAGUUUUGGAAGUAAAGCGGAACUCUCCUUUUUGCUUGGCUGUUGCUGUCACAGGCUUUAGGAGUGCUGUAAUUUUAAAUGCUCAACUUAAUAGUUAUUCGCACUUUGAUUGAUUUUGCACUUACAAUUUAAAGCUUCCUAUCAUGAAAUUUAACCAAAUUUUUACCCAGAAUCCAGUGUUAUGAUAGAGGGGGACGUGUAUUUGUCUUUGUCUGAGAACUUGUGAAAUUCAGCUUUAGGUAUAUUAGGUACAGAACAUUAUGGAGAAAUUACAGUGAAUAAAAACGGUAAGACAGAUCUGUAAUAUCCUCUUGUUUUGUAGCAUUUGUACCAUCUUUUGCAUGAAUCUUUAUAUGGAUCAACAUGUUUGUUUUAGCCACAUGAGGACAUGCAGGGCAACAUUUAUCAAGUUUAUAUUGGUUUGUAAGAAUAACCUAACAAUGAAAGCACUAAAACUUAAAUUCCCCACUGUUGUAAGCAGGCCAAAGGACAUUGUAUUUGCUUACAAAAAAUAGACUCAAUAAAAUAAAUAUUGAAAUAAUAUAAAAAGCUUGAUAAAUGUGACCCAUGUUCAAAGAAUCCCCUCUUAAGCAGAGUUAUCUGAAUUUCAACACCAGUGACUAAAGUAAACAGCAUCGCUUGGCUUUUUUGUCAUCUCGUUUUAUCCGUACUGACUCUUCAGGAAAGCUAUGAUGACUGCCAACUCUGUAAGUGCCACCAUUUUUGACCAAAAUCAUGGACACGCUAAUGACUAAAGGUCAGAGGUUGAACCCUCGGUCAAGGGCUCGACUUUGGUGAUGUAAAAUCCUCUCGUGGGAGCAUGUGCCGUCUGUUUCGUGUCAGUAGAUCUUUGUCAUUAUGACAGCAUGUGAGAUUUACAUUGUGCCUGUGGUCAGUGAUCUCUUGACGUGUAGUAAACAUGAAAAUGUAGUCUGUAGUAACAUGGCUGUGUUUGUGUUUGUAUUCGAUAUUUCAAAUAAACUUGAUUUAAUACACAA